AUGGAUAAACUGCUGGAAGAGCGAAGCAUGUGGGAUGCGUUGAGGCAUCGUGGUGGCAGCAGUACUCUGCCGCAUUCACAAGGCCAAAGAGACUGCGAAUGCAAUAAAGGAGCACGUGGACCGCCUGGACCGGAAGGCAGGCCAGGGCCAAAAGGACCACAGGGCGAACGUGGGCCGCCAGGACCACCAGGCGUUGCACGUGAGUAG